AACUCUACGUGUUUGGCUUGAAACCUACAAAGAUAACAGAAACUGUUAAGUCUUUAGCACUUCUUGAAGUCUUGACACCAGUUCAUCUGGAUUAUUGACUUUUCUAAUUUGUAAAAAAGAAAAGACUGGGACGAGGUAUAUUACUCGCAUCGCGUGUUGUCAAAAUGGCGGCUAUUGCUGAAAUUUCAAGUCUUCAAGAGUGGGAAGAAGAAUGGCAGCACUUGGAAGAGGAAACGCGGACGUUCAAGCAAACGAAGUUCCAGGACUAUCAGCAAAAACUGGACGAGUUUCAUUCGAGUCAGAAAUCCUGUGUCUCGGCUGUUAAUCAACAGAAACGAAAACUUAGGGAUUUUCAGGAAUCACUGAAACGGUUUAAGAGUGGAUCCCUCACUGGUGAACAACAAGCUCAGUUUGCAAAACUUCAGACAAAAAUCUCAGACUUUGAAAGAAAAAUUAAAGAUUUUGAAUUAAGUCUUCCUUCUCAAGCAGGAUUAUUCCUUAAGCUGUGCUUGGGAAAUAUCAAUGUCUCACUGUAUAAUUCACGGAUGGCAUACAAAGAUGAUUAUGAGAAGUUUAAAUUAAAGAUGACAGUAAUAAGCAUGGUGUUUACCAUAUUAAACUUGUACAUCUUUAAUUACAGGAUAGCAGAUGCCUUGUUCCAUGCAAUGUUAUUGUGGUAUUACAGUACAUUAACCCUUCAAGAACAUAUUCUCAUCGCUAAUGGCUCACGGAUAAAGGGCUGGUGGGUUGUGCAUCAUUAUCUGUCCAUCAUUUUAUCAGGAUUUCUUCUUAUAUGGCCAGAUGGAAGGGUGUACCAAAUUUUUAGGGGACAGUUCUUCCACUUUUCUCUAUAUCUUAGUUUUGUUCAACUUCUACAAUUUAGAUAUCAGUCAAGAGCUCUGUAUCGAUUGCGAUCACUGGGUGUCAGCAAAGACAUGGAUGUCACCAGAGAGGGUUUCCAUUCUUGGAUGUGGAGAGGACUAGGGUUCAUCAUUCCCUUUCUUAUUGUUGGCUAUUUAUUUCAGUUGUUUAAUGCUUACACUCUCUACCGAUUGCAUUUCCACCCUGACUGCACCGAGUGGCAGGUUCUUGGCCUCAGUGUAGUAUUUUUCAUCCUGUUUGCUGGAAACAUGACCACACUCUUGUUUGUUGUGAGGCAGAAAUUUACAAAGACAGGGGUAGUUCCACAAUUACCUUGCAGUUAAAUAUAACCUCCUUUGCCAUCUGAUAGAGGUGCCAGAGAGCCUUAUUUUCAAGUCUUGUUGUUAUCACUACAACAAAUACAACAAGAAUUGAGACCUGAAUAUAACUUAAGAGGCUCAGCGUUACUCAAAAGUGACUAAUAUAUUAAGACAGGUUGAUUUGGUUAAAGUAGACCUUUUUUAAGAGGAGCUCCUGUUGAAACUUUCAUCAGUCAAGAACUGUCAAGACAAUUUACUGAUUUAUUGACCUGAACAGAGAUUUUAUUUCUUUUCAUCAGUUAUCUAUCUCAUGCUCCCACUACCCACAACUCACUACAGAAUAUUCAUUUCUUUCUACCAGUUAGAUUUUGGUCUUCUCUUUUCUCUCUUUCCUUUUACUGCCUGUGCAAUAUUGUAACAUAUUACAAGUUUGCAGUGAGUUACUAGAUUUUGUCUCAUUAUGCACCCUAUUAACUCCAUCUUUGGAUCUAAACCUGUUCAUUCAACAGCCUCAUUUUGGCUCUUUCUAGAAAAUCUCUCUUAAUAAAUUAUUUCAAUUUUGAGUGAGAGAAUGAUUAACAAUUUUUCACUGAAGUGGAGGUGAAUAUACACCACUUUCACUGACACUGAGGUGAAUAAUUGUGGUAGUAUAUAUAUCACACACUUACCAAAAAGUUAGUUUAUUUAUUUUAAAUACAUAUUUUGAAAAAUGGUUUGAAAUUAAACUCUUGAUGUGCAAUUUUCUCUCAUUAGCCACUCAGGGGUGAAUAAUACUUGCUAUUCACUUCUGAAGGAGCCAAUCAGUGCACAUAAAAAGCACUAUUCACUUGUGUGGUAUAUACUGAUUGUAUUUAUUAAUAGACUGACUUGGCCAGCCAUUUUUGACUGCUGUAAGCAUCUAAUGUUGGGGUUAAAGAAUUGUACAAGGGUUAUGGUAUGUUUUGUUAAAUGAAAUACUACAGGAUAGAGUAGCCUAGAUUAGCAGAUCAAAUUUUUUCCACACAGAUGAUUUAAUUUUCAGGAGGCCCAGUGCUAUCACUGUUUGUCUUUUGUUUUGUUUAAGGUUAUACAAAUAACACAAAGACUAAGAAUGUUCUAAACACCUGCAAAUGGCAUUGCAUUAUUUGAAGUACUUUUUAAUUAAGUUUACGUAUUACUAUUUUAUUACUGAUAAGAUUGCUUUUUAUCAUACACAUACUUAAACUUGGUUUUUUGAUAAUAUAAUACUUAAUAUUUUGUGAAAUAGAUCAGCAUUCAACUAUCACAGUCUUUAUUACCAUACUUGAUUGUAAAAUAGUGAUAUUUUAUAAUGUACAUGUUAAAGGUACAGAAAGGAUACAAAAAGCGAUGACUUUUUUGUGUUAAUUUUAGAAUUUAUAUAGCGUCAGAACUCUUAUGGAAUCCUUAAAAAAAAAUUUUUUUGUCACAACAAAAAUUACCAAAACAAUCUAUUCUACCAGACAAACAAUCUAUUCUACCAGAAAUAAGUACCUCUGUACAGUGUUGGCUGUGUACAAAAGGCACAUGGUUGGAAGCAAUGAAAAAUAAUAAAAGGGAAAUAGACAGCUCUCUUCAUCA